GCCUUUGGGUGUGGUUUAGGUAACACUGUCCUUGCGUGUGUGUUUCUUAUCAGUCAAAUUUUUAUCGAUCAACUUCUAUCAAGUAAAAUGUUAUAAUUUCGAGUAAUUUUUCCAGUAUUAAUUGUUCUGUAGCGCGUUUUUAACGAAUAUAUAGUGUAAAUAUGAUAUCCCUCAAGUUACUAACGGUUUUAGCCACCUUGGGAGUGGCAUAUUCUCAAAAUGCUGCCGCUCCUGUACUGAUAUGGGGUAACCAUCACAGCAUAGAUAAAAUGACAUCGAAUAUGGGCAAAAUCAGCGCCAAUAAUAUCGAAGAUUGGAUCAUGAAACCAUCGACUGAAAAUGAAGAUACUCGCGUAGUAGUCGGUAUCCUCGAAAGCUUCUCGUUGCCGGACUUGUUCAAGAAAUAUGGAGACGAAAGUGUGUUUUCAAAUGUGCAAAGCUCAAUGGGCGAUAGUAAAUAUAAGAAUUUUUUCGUUCAAACGAAUGGUCUAUCGAAAAGAAUACAUGAUGCUGCUGAUGAGUCGGUUUCCGGUGUACAGAACUUGGUUGCGACGAGUGAUUCUAAGAAAAUACACGUCAUUAAGAUCACUCCAAAAGGAGAAAAUCUUGCUGAAACUUUGAAAAUGUCCGAUAAUAUAAUGCAUAAAGCAUGUAAAGAGUACGCUUCUCUAUAUAAAUCAUACAUCUGCGUUAUGACUGGUUCAUCUGAUGGUCAAGAAACAGACCAUGUUCGUAUUGCUCGCAGUUUACUGCAGACUAAUGAACCAGCAGCUGAAGUUAAAUCAGAAACGCCUAUGAAUAUCUACUUCAGCCCAGGAUUCGCUCUUAUAUACACGAAAACUACGCCCGUGUUUUGGACGGUUGUUGAUAAUCAAUCGAGACGGUAUAAUCUUACUAAAAUUGGCGAAACUACCAAAUCAGAAAAAACUUUAUUCGUAUAUUUUCAAGACAAGGCUAACUCAUCUCCAAAAAUCCGUUUAGCUUUUACUUUCAUCAACGAAAGCUCCACUUGGAGUCUGGAACAAAUAGGAUACGGUGAUGGCGCGAAAAACCAAGUAAUCAUGAAACCUUCCAUAAAGAUCUCUUCCUCUUUCGGCAACUCUUUCCAUACACCUUCGAAAGUAGUUUUCCGGAGUGAUGAUCUAGUCUACAAUUUGACAUUCAAUUCUUUGCAGGUUGAAUUCACGAAUAAUCCAAAAACUCUGCAAACGAUGAGGUUCAAUGCUGCGGACGAUACGGUUUACUUUUUCACCAUUCCGAUCCUUAGUGGACUUUUCGUUACCAGUUUAUUAGUCACCAUUGUAUUGUUAGGUUUAUCUAUGAUUUUUGAUAUCAAAACAAUGGAUUUAUUCGACGACCCGAAAGGAAAAACUGUUACCAUAAAUGCCUCCGAAUAAUUUAUCUAAGUUUUAAUUUCGUUUAGGGCGUUUCUUUUUUUCUUUUUUCCUUUUUGUUUGUUUUAUCGUGUCGAAAAGUCGAGUGUAAAAGCAGCGGGGUAAAUAAAUUUUCUAAAUCGGUUCUGCCGAAAUUUAUCGUUAGUUUUUCAAUUAUAAGUACUAUACGUAAAAUGCAUAUACAUAAAUACGAUAAUUGAGUCAAUGAUUAAACUACUUUGUUUUAAACCGAAACCCUCUAAACACAUUCCUGUAUCUGUUAGUUCUACGAAUUUGGUAUAAAAAAUUGUCAUCAUACCAAGUGUCUUUCAUAGAUGAUUGAUGUUUGAAUCAACACUACGCAGUUUCUUAAGUUUUAUAAAGCACAAAGUAGUCGCAAUCCAUUUAGGUGUUACAUCCUAUCGUGUAAGUUAAAUUAGUGUGUAGAGCUAUGAAAACUGUCGGAAUUUCUUCAUCUGUGUACAUAUGAACUAAGUUUGCACUGUCUUCAAUUAUAAGUCGUUAAUUUAAAAACUUCGAUUGUAAUUUUUAAUUCAUAUUGUAUGUUGUAAAUUUCAUUUAAUGGUUUGAUUCGAUUUUCUUACUUAUCCUUUGAUUUUUUCCUUUUAGAACUUUUAGAAUUUUGUUGUACUUAAUUAAAUGAAAAUUCGUUUUUUUUUUGUUAUUGAUAUUGGGCUAAUUUGUAAAUUUAUCUAGUCCAAUUGAAAUUAUUUUUAAAUGUACGUACUUAUCUGUAUCUGUAUUAUUAUAAUCAUGAAAUUACAAAGUAUGCUGUUGUCGAA